UGGCAUUGGCAUUAUGCGAGGAGCGCAUUCUUUCUCCAUCAUAAACACGAGUCUGCUUCAGGGUUUCCGUGUGGUAUAUACCGCUGCUGAUCCCUCCCCAUGCUCUCCAUCCGUUACAGUAACGUGUUUUAGAUGGGUCAGGAACGUCGUCUUCACCUCCGAGACGGGGUGUUCUUCUAUUUGGUGGAAGAUUCAUGGGCGAAUAGCAGUACUAUCAGCAACUAUCACGCGCAGUCUGUGCGCGGGGGUGAUCUGCGCGGCAUUUGCAGCUCUGGCGACGCACAGGCCAACUCCUCCGUGCUGACUCUGCAAUGGAUGUCUGAAAAUCUGAACGGCACUGCCGCAAGUGCUCCUUCCAGGAAAGUGGGCAGCGAGACAGCACUUCCUUACUUGGUGGCGUUCGAUCUGUCGCGGAAUGAGCGGUAUCUUGUGAUGCUCAGUGAUCGGGGCCUGGCAUUCGUCAGCACGACGGAUGGCUCCACAACCAGCUAUGAGUUCCCCGACUUCAACGUCAAUACCGGUGGACUCAAUCCUAACCGCACAAUUUUCUACGUGGGAAGAGAUGGCUGCCUUGAGUGCGCCGUCAUGGAUGGCGAGUCGCCGGGCAGCUUUGACAACGAUUUCAGAACACGAGCAUGCCGUGAUGGCGCCGAACUUGGCAGGGAAUUAACUCCUUCGGUCACCAAGGCUUUCUCCAAGACGGGAGCUACCUAUACGCUAGAGACCAAGCUCAGUUUACGAUUCUAGGUCUUAACGUAAUUAAUAAAUCUAUGGACCUGAU